CGUCACGCAGGACGCCGCUGCCCUGACGCUCCGCCUUUGCAUCCCCCACUGAGCCCUUAGUAGCUGGCGUUGGCCCUCAGUGGGGAAGCAGGCUUUUUCCCUUCGGAGGCCAGGGGUCCCGCAGCCUCUAUCCUACCUGGCCUGGCCUGGCGCUGCCCAGCGCGUCCGUGCCUCCGUCAUGGAUCUGAAUUUAAACCGAGCGGAUUAUUUACAGGUGGGAGUGACCUCUCAGAAGACUAUGAAGCUACUUCCUCCUUCAAGAUAUAGAGCCACACAAAAGGUGGUUGUUGGAGAUCAUGAUGGAGUAGUUAUGUGCUUUGGCAUGAAGAAGGGAGAAACAGUGACAGUCUUCAAGACUUUACCUGGGCAGAAGAUUGCCAGAUUGGAACUAGGAGGGGUUCUUAACACGCCCCAGGAGAAAAUUUUUAUUGCUGCAGGAUCUGAAAUUAGAGGCUUCACAAAGAGAGGAAAACAGUUUCUCUCUUUUGAAACAAACCUCACUGAAAGCAUUAAAGCUAUGCACAUAUCUGGCUCAGACCUUUUUCUCAGUGCAAGUUAUAUCUAUAACCAUUAUUGUGACUGCAAAGACCAACAUUAUUACCUUUCUGGAGACAAAAUCAAUGACGUCAUCUGCCUUCCAGUGGAAAGAGUACUUCGUGAUGUACCGGUGUUGGCCUGCCAGGACAGAGUACUCAGAGUUUUACAGGGAUCUGAUGUGAUGUAUGAAAUUGAAGUUCCUGGCCCACCUACUGUUUUAGCCCUACACAAUGGAAAUGGCGGUGACUCUGGAGAAGACCUUUUGUUUGGAACGUCAGAUGGAAAACUUGGGCUUAUUCAGAUCACUACAUCCAAACCAAUACACAAGUGGGAAAUUCGAAAUGAGAAAAAGAGGGGAGGUAUUUUGUGUAUUGACAGCUUUGACAUUGUGGGUGAUGGGGUUAAAGAUUUACUUGUUGGAAGAGAUGAUGGAAUGGUGGAAGUGUAUAGUUUUGAUAAUGCAAAUGAGCCUGUUCUACGAUUUGAUCAGACGUUGUCUGAGAGUGUCACAUCUAUCCAGGGUGGUUGUGUAGGGAAAGAUGGCUAUGAUGAAAUCGUGGUAUCCACAUAUUCAGGCUGGGUUACAGGUCUGACAACAGAGCCUAUUCAUAAGGAAAGUGGACCGGGAGAAGAACUAAAAAUUAAUCAGGAGAUGCAGAAUAAAAUUUCUUCGUUACGGAGUGAGUUGGAACAUCUGCAAUAUAAGGUACUACAGGAAAGAGAGAAAUAUCAACAGUCUUCUCAAUCAAGCAAAGCAAAAUCAGCAGUACCUUCAUUUAGUGUAAAUGACAAGUUUACAUUAAAUAAAGAUGAUGCCAGCUACAGCCUUAUCUUAGAGGUUCAGACGGCGAUAGAUAAUGUCUUAAUACAAAGUGAUGUUCCAAUAGAUUUACUAGAUGUGGAUAAAAAUUCUGCUGUUGUCAGCUUUAGCAGCUGUGAUUCUGAGUCAAACGACAACUUUCUUCUCGCCACUUAUCGGUGCCAGGCAAAUACCACGAGGCUGGAACUCAAGAUUCGCUCAAUUGAAGGCCAGUAUGGCACACUUCAAGCAUAUGUGACUCCAAGAAUUCAACCCAAAACAUGUCAGGUCCGCCAGUACCUUAUCAAACCCCUUUCACUCCAUCAAAGAACUCACUUUAUUGAUCAUGACAGACCCAUGAAUACACUGACUUUGACAGGCCAGUUCAGUUUUGCGGAACUUCACUCUUGGGUGGUUUUUUGCCUGCCUGAAGUUCCUGAAAAACCUCCAGCAGGAGAAUGUGUGACAUUUUACUUUCAGAACACCUUCCUGGAUACACAACUUGAAAGUACCUACAGAAAAGGUGAAGGAGUUUUUAAAUCUGACAACAUUUCUACUAUAUCCAUCCUAAAAGAUGUGCUCUCUAAAGAAGCUACAAAAAGGAAAAUUAACCUCAACAUAUUAUACGAGAUAAAUGAAGUAUCAGUCAAACACACUUUAAAGCUAAUCCACCCAAAGCUGGAGUACCAGUUGCUUUUGGCUAAGAAAGUGCAAUUAAUUGAUGCUUUAAAAGAAUUGCAGGUUCAUGAGGGAAACACAAACUUUCUGAUACCAGAAUAUCGCUGUAUCCUAGAAGAGGCAGAUCACCUACAGGAAGAAUACAAAAAGCAACCUGCACAUCUUGAAAGACUCUAUGGCAUGAUCACCGAUCUUUUCAUAGAUAAGUUCAAAUUCAAAGGCACCAAUGUAAAAACCAAAGUGCCUCUUUUACUGGAGAUUCUGGACAGUUAUGACCAAAAUGCAUUGAUUGCUUUCUUUGAUGCUGCAUGAAAUAUAAAUAAGGUAAAGUUCCAAAGAAGUUGUAUGUUUAAAUUAAAAAUGUUAAAAUAGAAUUGCAAGCUAACUGUAUAUACUUUUAUUUCAAGUGCGUUUUUUAAUAUUAUCUAAAAAUAUAUGUUAUGACUUUUUUUUAGUAAUGCUUCUAUUUUUUUUGACAAAUGGAACUUUUUUUUAAUUUUUAAAAUAUUUAUUUAUCAAACAACCCAUAUAUUGUUAAUAUAGACAUCGUGCAAGGUUAAAACAUAUUCAAACAUCAAGAUCCGCAUUCAGGGCUUCCCUGGUGGCGCAGUGGUUGAUACUCAGCCUGCCAAUGCAGGGGACGCGGGUUCGUGCCCCCGUCUGGGAGGGUCCCAUGUGCCGCGGAGCGGCUGGGCCCGUGAGCCAUGGCCGCUGGGCCUGCGCGUCCGGAGCCUGCGCUCCGCAGCGGGAGAGGCCAUGGCAGUGAGAGGUCCACGUAAGUUCUAGAGGCUGGAAGUCUGGGGUCAAGGUGCCAGCGUGGUUGGGCUCUGGUGAGAGCUCUCUUCUUGGCUUGCAGAUGGUUGCUUUCUUGUUGUGUCCUCACAUAGCAGAGAAAGAGGAAGAGGAAGAGGAGUAAGAGAGAAAAAGAGAGAGAGAGAGAGAGAGAGAGAGAGAGAGAGAUAGGAGGACAAAUGGAACUUUUUUAAAAUAAAGAGAAUUUUUAUUUUUAAAACAAGUGGAAUGAUUAUAAAGGAUUUUAAUGAAUUUUUUUCAAGUGGAUGUUUUAUAACAAUCAUUGUAUAAAAUAAUUAUUUUAUAAUAAUUAUAAUGUUUCUAAUAAUCGAGAACUAUUAUUUGGAAAAUAAAAAUAUAUUCAAAUAUUUAAUAAGCUAACACACAUAUGUAUAAACUGCUUUACGGUUUUCAAAAUGUAUUUACAUAUGUUACCUCAUUUGAUCUUUUUUCUUUUAAUUUAUUUUUGGCUAAUUUUUUAAAUUAAUUAAUUAAUAAUUUUUUUGCUGUGUUGGGUCUUCACUGCUGCGUGCGGGCUUUCUCUAGUUGCAGCGAGCCGGGGCUACUCUUCACUGCGGUGAGAGGGCUUCUCAUUGUGGUGGCUUCUCUUGUUGUGGAGCAUGAGUUCUAGGCACGCAAGCUUCAGUAGCUGUGGUUCGCCAGCUCUAGAGCGCAGGCUCAGUAGUUGUGGCGCAGGGGCUUAGUUGCUCCGCGGCAUGUGGGAUCUUCCUGGACCAGGGAUCAAACCCGUGUCCCCUGCAUUGGCAGGUGGAUUCCUAACCACUGUGCCACCAGGGAAGUCCCUCCUCAUUUGAUCUUGACAACAUAUAUUGAUUAUUUUGUCAAAUCAUGUAAGAAAACUGAUUCUCAGUGAGGUUAAGUGUUUAAGAGGACAUGCUAUUAUUUUGUAAAGGUGGAACCCAAGUUCUGGUGCCUGGAUUGCGUUCUGGUUACUAUGUAUGUUGUCAACCAGGGGAAAUAACAUAAAUUUUUUUUAGGAAUUGAGAUUGAUUUACAAUUGAUUUUGCUGUUGCUUGGUAAUGUUUUGUGACCCAUGCUCAGUUUGUAAAAUACUUGAGUUGGCCAGGGAAAUCAGCAGAAUUUGCACAGAUUGGGGGGAUCUUAACUUGAUGUGCUGUAACCAGUAGGGCUAUACAAGUAUACUACAUGUGAAUAGUGUCGAAAUAGUGACAGCUUCUUAGAUUUUCCUGCACUAAUAUCCACUGAUUUCUUUUUUAUCAUAAAUGGAGGGAAAUAUGACUUUAAGGCUAUGGAAGUCAUUAAUCUUAAUUCAUAUUUUAUUCAUAUUCAAGUGAAUAUUGUACUUAAAGGUUGUUUAAAAUAGCAUAAGGAUUACAAUAGAAAAUAAACUAUUCUGUGUGUUUUCAAGAAGGGCACACUUAUGAAUUUGUUGGAAAACAACAGUGCUUCUUAAUUAUAUACCAUUAUAUUUAUUAGUUAUGUGCAAGCCUUGUUGUAUAUUAAAUGUGAAAAUUUGUUAAAGGCA